AUGUUUCGCCGUCGCAGGUCCAGUACUUUAAGUGCAGUUCUUUGCUGUUGGUUAUUUCUGAACAUCGGACGAGCGGAACCUGCGCCAGAUUUUGCCAUCAAUGUUGCGAUUACUGGCAGUGGCACCGUCUCGUCACUCGCGCUGGAGACGAAGGUCCUGUACCAGACCGUUGGUGGGACGGUCCUUGACCUACAGGCAGGGUACAAACGGUUAGAGACCGCGAAGGUAGCUAUGACCAGCAUCGCUAACCAGCUAUCCGCAGCCGGUGUUACGCUUAGCCAGGCCAUUUCGACCAUGGCACUCAACAACAGCGGUCCAAUAGCGACGUAUUUUGACAGCAUAACGAACGCCAUCAGUGCGCUGCAAACGCUCAUCACGACCGGUUUGACGGGACAAAUCAACACCCUGAACGGUAUUAUCAACACUUACGUGUCGGCUAAGCUGCGGGACACUUUUCAUACGAUGUCCUUAACGCUCGCGACACUCUCCCAAUCCGUGGCCAGUCUGCGCGCGGCCGUAACAAGCGCACGUACCGCUGCCGGCUCUUCACCAACUGUGUCGUCGACCAUUGCCAAAAAGUAUGUGACCACGCGCAUUGUGAGCGAUAUCACCAAUGGCGUGCGGUUGCUGAAGUCUGACGUGCCGAUUCUGGUGUACAUCGUCCGUUCGACGCUUGGCUCCUUCCAGACAGCCGACCAGUACCUAGUAGGCAUCGCCGAUGAAGCGAACCUGCGCGUAAACGACGUCAACCAGCUGGGAAGCAGCUACAGCAACGAUGUGAACGAUUUCGUCGGUACGGUGAAAACGGCCACGGCAGAUCUGCCCUCCGCGUACAGCAAGCUUACCCAAAGCUACGGAGACACGCUCCAGAGUAAGGUGCAAUCGGACGCUGACUUAAAACCCGUGGUUGAGGGUAUACUGUCGGAAAUUGGAGCCAUUUUCGACGAUAGCAUUUCCAUCGAGGGUACCAUUGACAGCGUCUUCGCCACGCAUCUUCAACUCGUGCUGGCACUCGACGAUGAUUUGCUCACAUUCUACGGAACCAGCAUGUGUGCCAUCAUCCAAAGUCUGCUGCAGGUGCUGAUUGAGAACGGUCCAAACGCACAGUUCUGUUUCAGCAAGUUUGGCCAGAAAGUGUUCAACUUCUUCGUGUUGCACACGUACGAUGCGGCGGACUGUUUCCGGUUGCAGUUGGCUCGUCUCGACCAACUGCGCACCGGGGUGAGCAGCAUCGUGCAGCUGAUGCUGCACGACAUCGACGACUUUAUCGCGAAUGUGGAGAGUUGCACACUGUUCAACGAUAUCCAGAACUGCGCCUCUUUUCUUGGCCCCGAAUAUCAAACCCUGUUCACGUACACUACCCAAAAGCGCGACUACUUGUACCGUCUGCUGACGAAGGAAACUAACGCAAGCUAUCUUCGACUGGCUGGAUGUUUCAGCAACAGCAAGCAUCUGCUUAUGCUGGAUGCUGAAACGAUGCGAACGGAUAUCGAUAGUUGUGAGCUGAACGGGCCAUUGUAA